AUGGCUAAUCCAGCUCCUACAUCUGUUUUGGCAUUACCGGUCGAAAUUGUUCAUGAUAUUUUGGAUUAUUUCGAUAAAUCAACAAUUUUCUUUUUAAUUCGUAAUGUAUGUCGACGAUGGAAUAUGAUUACCGAUAGUUAUCGCCGUUAUCAAACACUCAGUAAACUGUAUCUCUACGAAAAUGAAAUCUCAAGUGAUAUUGAAAGUCAUUUGGAAACAAUGGUGGCACGGAAUCGACGACGAAUUUAA